CAUUCUAUUUCAUGGUAGGUAGGCCGCUUGUGCAGUUGUCAGCCGCUUUUGUUAUUCAUGUCUGACGAUGUACAAAACAUGGGGAAAUAUAUCAGUACGUGCACUUUGGGAGACAAUUGAAAACGGGACAAAAUGGAGCGACAAAGUGAACGCCUAUUGGAGGUGACGUGCCAGGUAUGUGGUGACCGGUCCAGUGGCAAACACUACGGAAUAUUCAGCUGCGACGGCUGCUCGGGAUUUUUUAAACGGAGUAUUCACAAGAAUCGAGCCUAUACCUGCAAAAAUUCAGAUCCUAACGGCGCACGCGGCGCCUGUGUUGUGGACAAGACACACAGAAAUCAAUGUCGCGCCUGCCGCUUGGAGAAAUGUCUACGCGCUGGGAUGAACAAAAAUGCGCUGCAACAUGAACGUGGUCCACGCCGACCCAAGUUGCACCCCGGAUGUCACACCCACUUUUCUGCCACUGCUUUGCCGGCAUUGACCAAUCAUCCAUAUCAUUCGCUGCAAAUCCGGCAGGAGUUUGUGGACGUGUUGGUGGAGAAGUGUAUGCAAUCGACGCGCAGACAGACCUUUGAGUUAGCAGUGGAAGGAGACACAGAAGCGGCGGAGCGACGAAAUCGGCAGCUGAAGCAGACGCUGGCGGUACUUUACGAAGUUGCGUUGGGACUAGCGCAGACGGGAAGCGCCCUGAACAUCGCUGUCCGCGACCAGGUGCUGCUGUUGUACGAGUCCUGGCAGGAGCUGUUCAUCCUGACACUGUAUCUGUGCGUGAAGAAUGCCUGCAAUCUGGAGCAGUACACUAGCUUUCAGGAUGUACCGGACAUGACGCUACAAGAACAGUGGAAUGCCGUUCUCCACAUUGUCAACCGCCUGCGGGUGCUGCGCGCUGAGCAACCAGAGAUUAACCGGCUCAAGCAGAUCUGUUUUCUGCGCUAUGAUGCGCCAUUGGAGGCCCGUACGGUGUACAACAUUGAGGCGUUGCAAAACCAGGCGCAGGGAAUGCUGCGUGAGCAGAUGUUAUUCGAUAGUUUACGCUUCGGGAAGCUGCUGCUUCUUGUCGCCGAGCUGCGGAUGAUCAAGAAGCGCGCCGUACAGCGCAUAUUCUUCCCAGACUGCAUCGACUUUGAGCAGCUUUUUCAAAUGGUUUUGGCUAAUAUUUUUCGUUGCCGUUUGUGA